AAAACAGCAAAGACGAAACAUCACAGAAGAAAAAGAACUGGCAAGACACAAAAAGCAAAACCGAAAACUAAAACCAAGUUGAAUGAAAGAGUGGUCAACGCUCUAAGCGUAAUGAUUCCACCACUAAAACCGAAAAAGAUGAAGUCAGCAGAGAUCGAUUAUAAAGGUACCAAACAAGCUGCUCUAGUAAUGCAAGCCGAAUACAAAGGAGAUGUUAAGCAUGAACUAGAUGACGAACAAUCAGAAGCUCUAUCCCACAUAGCAUUCGAUCCAGACCAGAACUCUAUAGCGUACAUAGGAACACAAGUAGAACAACUCGUAGGGGCAUCUCAGAUGACAGUUCCAGGGAAUGUUGGGGAAGCAGAAGCUGCGCAGGGAACACUUAACAAAGCUUUAUCAGCUGAAGGAGCCAGCAAAUCAGCUGAGACGACGAAAGCACAUUCAAAUGAAGCGAUAAAGAGUCGAGAAGAACUAAAAGGUGCUCCACCCGGAAUGCUCAAAGUCAAAGGAAUUGGUCGAUGAAAAAAUAGGAUAGGGUGCUUAUUAAACGACAAAAGUAUUGAAGAUUUGCUGUUUUGCUAUGUUUAAUUAGUAGUCG